UUGUUCAUGCUGGCAAGCUAGGUAUUACGUCUAUAACCCUAAUACCCCCAAAGGGAAAACCUAAGCGUCGUCAACUGGACUGCUAUCCCACUUGGAAGCAGAUUCCCCUCUACCUGCGCAUCUCCAAAUUCCCAACCCAGCACUAUAUUUAUUUUUAUUUUCUGAAUUUUUGUGCUGAUCUCUCCGGAACGCCGUUCCGUUAAUUGCACCCGUUAAGCGACCAGAAUUCUUCAGAACUGUUUUUCCUGAAUGGCGUCCAAAUUCGGGUUAGCGGGUGGCAUUCCGGAGCGGCGGGUCCGACCCAUUUGGGAUGCCAUCGAUUCUCGCCAGUUCAAGAACGCCCUCAAGCACUCCGCCACCCUUCUCUCCAAAUACCCAAAUUCUCCUUAUGCUCUUGCUUUGAAGGCUCUGAUAUUGGAAAGAAUGGGCAAAAAUGACGAAGCGCUUUCUGUUUGUUUAAAUGCCAAAGAGAUUUUAUUCACCAAUGACUCCAGCAUCAUAGAUGAUCUCACUCUUAGCACUUUACAGAUUGUUUUCCAGCGCCUAGAUCACUUUGAUAUGGCGACAAGUUGUUAUGAGUAUGCAUGUGGCAAGUAUCCCAACAAUUUGGAACUAAUGAUGGGUCUUUUCAACUGUUACGUUCAUGAAUAUUCUUUUGUGAAGCAGCAACAGAUAGCUAUUAAAAUGUACAAGAUUGUUGGUGAAGAAAGGUUCUUGCUUUGGGCUGUUUGCAGCAUUCAGUUACAGGUUUGUUGUGGCAAUGGGGGAGAGAAGCUUUUACAGUUAGCUGAAGGUUUACUCAAGAAACAUAUAUCUUCUCAUAGUUUGCAUGAACCAGAAGCUCUUAGUGUCUAUAUAUCUCUGUUGGAGCAGCAAUCCAAAUAUGGAGAUGCAUUAGAAAUUCUUUCUGGAAAUUUAGGAUCUCUUAUGAUGAUUGAAGUUGACAAAUUACGCCUACAGUCUCAGAACACAACUGAAAUACUUGUCAACCAAACCCGAGCCUGGCCAGUUUGCAGAUCGUUUAUAUUUGCUUGCCACCUUGAAUUAACUGGGUGAUCCAGGCAAUUUGUUUAUUGGAAAUUGGAUCUGGAGACAUGGAUGCCUUUACUGGGUAUGGUUCCACCUUAAAGGAUAAAGCAAUGAAACUCCCAACAGACAGUCUAAAUGCUUAGGUUGCCUGGCUUGCUUUGGGCUACCUUAUACACAUAUUUUCUUAGUGAACUCAACUGUUAUAGCUGUGUCUUUUACAUUCCUGUAGCAGUUCAAUUGCUAAAUAUCUUCAAAUAUUUCAGAAAAUCAAAUAUAUUCCUGAUUUGAUAUUUUUAUCACUACUAUAUAAAAAGGGCUGUGUUUCACUACUGUAGAAAGAACAGUAGAUUCUUCCAUUUUAUUUCACUGUAGCUUUUUUUUUUUUUUUU